UGCCGUUUUCUCCCGGGGUUUUUGGGAAGUGGGGAUGUUUUAAAUGCACAGUUCCUGGUGUGCCUGACGUGUCCCUUGUUGCCUUGCAGCCCUCGAGCCCGAUGGAUCAGAUGGGGAAGAUGAGGCCUCAGCCCUACGGAGGGAACAACCCCUACACACAGCAGCAGGGGCAGCAGCAGGGCCACUACCCCGGGCAGCCCUACGGCCCCCAGAGAUACCCCAUGGGCAUGCAGGGCCGGGCACAGAGCGCCAUGGGCAGCAUCUCCUAUGCACAGCAGAUGCCUCCGUACGGGCAGCAGGGCCCCGGCGCCUACGGGCAGCAGAGCCAGACUCCCUACUACAACCAGCAGAGCCCCCACCCACAGCAGCAGCAGCAGCAGCCCUACCCGCAGCAGCAGCAGUCCCAGUCCCCCUACCAGCAGCAGCAGCAGCAGCAGCAGCCCCCCGCCCCCUCCUCGUCGUACACGCCCGCGCCGCCGCCCUCGGCCUACGCCCAGCAGCGCUUCCCCCCGCCUCAGGAGUUAUCUCAAGACUCAUUUGGGUCCCAGGCAUCCUCUGCUCCCUCAAUGGCUUCCAGUAAAGGGCAAGAAGACAUGAACUUGAAUCUUCAGUCCAGACCUUCCAGCCUGCCGGACCUGUCUGGUUCCAUAGAUGACCUGCCCAUGGGGACAGAAGGAGCCCUGAGCCCUGGAGUAAGCACAUCAGGGAUUUCCAGCAGCCAAGGAGAGCAGAGUAACCCAGCUCAGUCUCCUUUCUCGCCACAUACCUCUCCUCACCUGCCAGGCAUCAGAGGACCCUCCCCCUCCCCAGUUGGAUCUCCAGCCAGCGUUGCUCAGUCCCGCUCCGGCCCCCUCUCCCCUGCUGCAGUCCCAGGCAAUCAGAUGCCUCCCCGCCCUCCCAGCGGGCAGUCGGACACCAUCCUGCACCCUGCCAUGAACCAGGCCAGCAUCGCGCAGGACCGAGGCUACAUGCAGAGGAACCCCCAGAUGCCCCAGUACAGCUCCCCCCAGCCCGGCUCGGCGCUGUCCCCCCGGCAGUCCUCGGGGGCGCAGAUGCACGCGGGCAUGGGGCCCUACCAGCAGAACUCCAUGGGCAGCUACGGGCCCCAGGGCGGCCAGUACGGACCUCAAGGGUACCCCCGGCAGCCCAACUACAACGCCAUGUCCAACGCCAGCUACCCCGGCGCGGCCAUGGGCGGCAGCAUCAACCCGCAGCUGCACGGGCAGGGCGCGGUGCCGCCCUACAGCGGGCUGCCCCCGGGCAGGAUGGGCCACGGGGCCAUGGGCAGCCGGCCCUACGGGCCCAGCAUGGGCAGCAUGCCCCCCCAGGUGGGCAGCGGGAUGUGCCCCCCGCCCGCCAUGAACCGCAAGGCGCAGGAGGCGGCGGCUGCUGCCAUGCACGCGGCUGCGGCCAACUCCAUCCAGAACAGGCCUCCUGGUUAUCCCAACAUGAAUCAGGGGGGAAUGAUGGGCACUGGACCUCCCUAUGGGCAGGGAAUUAACAGCAUGGCUGGCAUGAUAAACCCCCAGGGCCCACCCUACCCCAUGGGGGGCAACAUGGCCAACAACUCUGCAGGGAUGGCAGCAAGCCCUGAAAUGAUGGGACUGGGGGAUGUCAAACUAACACCUGCAACUAAAAUGAACAACAAGGCAGAUGGGACGCCCAAAGCAGAAUCCAAGUCAAAGAAGUCCAGUUCCUCAACUACCACCAACGAGAAGAUCACCAAGCUGUACGAGCUGGGCGGGGAGCCCGAGAGGAAGCUGUGGGUGGAUCGGUACCUGGCCUUCACUGAGGAGAAGGCCAUGGGCAUGACCAACCUGCCAGCCGUGGGCAGGAAGCCCCUGGACCUGUACAGGCUCUACAUCUCAGUCAAGGAGAUUGGGGGAUUGACUCAGGUCAACAAGAACAAGAAGUGGCGUGAGCUGGCCACCAACCUGAACGUGGGCACGUCGAGCAGCGCAGCCAGCUCUCUGAAGAAGCAGUACAUCCAGUGCCUGUACGCCUUCGAGUGCAAGAUCGAGCGCGGCGAGGAUCCCCCUCCCGACAUCUUCGCAGCUGCUGACUCCAAAAAGUCCCAGACCAAGAUCCAGCCUCCAUCUCCAGCGGGUUCAGGCUCCAUGCAGGGCCCCCAGACACCUCAGUCCACCAGCAGCUCCAUGGCAGAAGGAGGAGACUUGAAGCCACCGACUCCAGCGUCGACGCCACACAGUCAGAUGCCCCCUUUGCCAGGCAUCAGGAGUAACUCGGUGGGGCUGCAGGAUGCCUUUGCAGACGGCAGCGACGGCGCGUUCCAGAAGCGGAACUCGCUGACUCCGAACGCCGGCUACCAGCCCAGCAUGAAUACCUCUGACAUGAUGGGGCGCAUGUCGUACGAGCCAAAUAAAGAUCCUUACAGCAGCAUGAGGAAAGCUCCUGGAAGCGAUCCCUUCAUGUCCUCAGGGCAGGGCCCCACCAGUGGCAUGGGUGACCCUUACAACCGCGCUGCCGGCCCGGGCAUGGCCAACAUGGCCAUGGGCCAGCGGCAGCACUACCCCUACGGAGCCCCCUACGACCGAGUCAGGACGGAGCCCGGGAUGGGAGCCGAGGGCAGCCUGGGCAGCGGGACCCCCCAGCCCAGCAUCCUGCCCUCCACGCCCGACUCGGGCAUGUACUCGCCCAGCCGCUACCCCCAGCAGCAGCAGCAGCAGCAGCAAAGACAUGAUUCCUAUGGCAAUCAAUUCUCCACUCAAGGCACAACCUCGGGCAGCCCCUUCCCCAGCCAGCAAACCACCAUGUAUCAGCAGCAGCAGCAGCAGAACUACAAGCGGCCGAUGGACGGCAGCUACGGGCUCCCGGCCAAGCGGCACGAGGGCGAGCUCUACAGCGUUCCCUACAGCUCGGGCCAGCCGCAGCCGCAGCAGCCGCUGCCCCCGGCGCAGCCGGGGGGGGGGGGGGGGGGGGGGGGGGGGGGGGGGGGGGGGGGGGGGGGGAGCCUGUACAACCAGUACGGCAGCACCUACCCCGCCGAGCGCCGCGCCGGCCAGAGCCAGUUCCCCUUCCAGUUUGGCCGGGAGCGCGUGUCCGCCGGCGCCGCCCAGCAGAGCAUCCCCCCGCAGAUGAUGGGGGGCAUGCAGCCGGCGCCCGAGGGGCCGCAGCAGGGGCCGCUGUGGCAGGGCAGGAACGAGCUGGGCUACGGCAGUUACCCCAACCGGCAGAGCUCGGGCGCCGCGCCCCAGGGCCCCGCCUACCACGGCGUCACUCGAACAGAUGAGAUCCUGCAUUCGGACCAGAGGGUCAACCACGAGGGACCAUGGCCUUCCCACGGCAACCGGCAACCUCCCUACGGCCCCUCCGCCCCCGUGCCCCCCAUGACCAGGCCCCCCCAGUCCAACUACCAGACCCCCCCCAGCAUGCAGAAUCACAUUCCUCAGGUAUCCAGCCCAGCACCUCUGCCCAGACCUCUGGAGAACCGCACGUCUCCCAGUAAAUCCCCGUUCCUGCACUCGGGGAUGAAGAUGCAGAAGGCGGGGCCGCCCGUGCCCGCCUCGCACAUCGCACCAGCAGCCGUGCAGCCGCCCCUGAUCCGCCGGGACAUCACCUUCCCGCCCGGCUCCGUGGAGGCCACGCAGCCCGUGCUGAAGCAGAGGAGGCGGCUGACGGCAAAAGAUAUCGGAACUCCUGAAGCCUGGAGAGUGAUGAUGUCUCUGAAGUCGGGGCUGCUGGCUGAAAGUACGUGGGCCUUAGAUACCAUAAACAUCCUGCUCUACGAUGACAACAGCAUCAUGACCUUCAACCUCAACCAGCUGCCAGGCUUGCUGGAACUCUUGGUGGAAUAUUUCCGGCGCUGCCUGAUCGAGAUCUUUGGAAUCCUGAAGGAAUACGAGGUAGGAGACCCAGGGCAAAGAACACUAUUAGAUCCUGAAAGGUUCUGCAAAUCCUCAGCUUCCUCCCCUGAAGAAGGGGAGGAGGACGACGAGCCACGGAGCCUGAACUGUGAGGAGGAAGAGGAGGACGAGGAAGAGGAGGAGGCUGCAUUUUCAAGCAAGGACAAAGUACCUCUAGAGAGCAGCGAGGAGAAGCUAGUGAGUAAAUUUGACAAGCUUCCAGUGAAGGUGGUGCAGAAGAACGACCCCUUCGUGGUGGAUUACUCGGACAAGCUGGGGCGGGUGCAGGAGUUCGACAGCGGGCUCCUGCACUGGCGCAUCGGCGGCGGCGACACCACCGAGCACAUCCAGACACACUUCGAGAGCAAGAGCGAGCUGCCCUUGCCUCACAAACGAGCUUCCUGCUCCUCUGCCCUGAGGAAACGCUCAGCAGCCGAGAGCGCCCCGAGCCCCAGGGAAGGGGAGGCCCCCGCUCCCGACGGCUCUUCGGAGAAGAGGAUAACGGCCACCAUGGACGACAUGCUGUCCGCGCGCCCGGGCUCCCUGGCAGGGGACGAGGAGGAGGUCAAGGCUUCGGAAACGGCGAAGGAGAGCAGCAAGUUUCCCUUUGUCAUCAGCCCAGCUCAGAGCCACAGAAAUAUAAAAAUCCUGGAGGAUGAACCCCACAGUAAGGACGAGACGCCGCUCUGCACCCUCCUGGACUGGCAGGACUCUCUGGCCAAGCGCUGCAUCUGCGUCUCCAACAUCAUCAGGAGUUUAUCGUUUGUGCCAGGCAAUGACUUUGAAAUGUCCAAACACCCCGGGCUGCUGCUGAUUUUAGGGAAACUGAUCCUCCUACACCACAAGCAUCCAGAACGCAAACAGGCCCCCCUGACCUACGAGAAGGAGGAGGAGCAGGACCAAGGGGUGAGCUGCAACAAGGUGGAGUGGUGGUGGGACUGUUUGGAGAUGCUGCGUGAAAACACACUGGUCACGUUGGCCAACAUUUCUGGGCAGCUGGACCUCUCCCCUUACCCGGAAAGCAUCUGUUUGCCUAUCCUGGAUGGACUCCUCCACUGGGCAGUGUGUCCCUCAGCAGAGGCCCAGGAUCCCUUCCCGACACUGGGGCCCAACGCUGUCCUCUCCCCUCAGAGACUGGUUUUGGAAACACUCAGCAAACUCAGCAUCCAGGACAACAACGUGGAUUUGAUCCUCGCCACGCCGCCCUUCAGCCGCUUGGAGAAGCUGUACAGCACCAUGGUGCGGUUCCUCAGUGACAGAAAGAACCCGGUGUGCCGGGAGAUGGCCGUGGUGCUGCUGGCCAACCUGGCACAGGGGGACAGCCUGGCCGCCAGAGCCAUCGCCGUGCAGAAGGGCAGCAUCGGCAACCUGCUGGGCUUCCUGGAGGACAGCCUGGCUGCCACGCAGUUCCAGCAGAGCCAGGCGGGGCUGAUGCACAUGCAGAGCCCUCCCUUCGAGGCCACCAGCGUGGACAUGAUGCGCCGCGCCGCCCGCGCGCUGCUGGCCCUGGCCAAGGUGGACGAGAACCACUCGGAGUUCACCUUGUACGAGUCGCGGCUCUUGGACAUCUCCGUGUCGCCUUUGAUGAACUCUUUGGUUUCACAAGUUAUUUGUGAUGUACUGUUUUUAAUUGGCCAGUCAUGACAGCUGUGGGAUCCGAGCCCCCGUGUGCGUGUGCGUGAGUGGAGAACUUAGAAACUGACUGUUGCCCUUUAUUUAUGCAAAACCACCUCAGAAUCCACUGUCUGCCCUGCGCUGUCCUGCUUCUCCCUCGGGGAAGGAUGUCCCCGGCCCCUCUCCCCCUUCCCUGCCCUUCAAAUUUGUCCUGAAUCCCUUAUUAAAGGAGACAAAGUUCUGUCUACAUAGAAGACUUUUUUUAUUUUAACCAAAGUUACUGUCGUUUACAGUGAGUUUGGGGAAAGACGACUUGCCGUGUUAUCCCAUUGACAGGCACCACUUUCAUAACUGUUUUUAAUGGUAAACUCUGAAGGACAAAAAGUGACUGCUGAACUCUGUGUGGUUUAUCGUUAUACAUUCACAAUCUUGCAGGAACCAAGAAGUUACCAGUUGUGAACAGACCUUGUCCAAGGGAGGCCUGUGCAGUAGCGUGUAGAACUCCAUGUACUGUACACCUUAAACUGUAAACAUACUGUAAUAAUGUCUCACAUGGAUAAAAAAAAAAAAGAAAAAAACGCUGGAUCAGCAGCAAGCUGUAGUUUUUAAAAAUGUUUUUAGUUAAUGUUGAGGAGAAAAAAAGGCUUUUCCCCCAAAGUAUAAUGUGUGAACCUACAACACCCUGACCUCUUUCUCUCUUCCUCCUUGAUUGUAUGAAUAACCCUGAGAUCACCUCUUAGAACUGGUUUUAACCUUUAGCUGCAGCCCAGCGCUGCCACGUGUGUAUAUAUAUAUGACGUUGUACAUUGCACAUACCCUGAGACUCCUGCAGUUUUGUCCCCUCCCACCCUUUAUAGUAUGACGAGUUAACGAGUUGAUGACCUGCAAAAGCGAGACACAAUUAUUUAAUCUCUUGCCAGACAUCCCUCCCUGGAGGAUGCUGUACAGGUCUCUGUGUAUAAAGUCAUUGCUGUCUCAGCAGCCAAUCAACUUAUAGUUUAUUUUUUCCUGUUUUUGUUUUCUUUCUAAUCGAGGUGUGAAAAAGUUCUAGGUUCAGUUGAAGUUCCUGAUGAAGAAACACAAUUGAGAUUUUUCAGUGAUGAAUUCUGCAUAUUUGUAUUUCAGACGAUGUAGCUAAAAACUUGAUGUAAAUUCCUCCCUUUUUUCCUUUUUUGGCUUAAUGAAUAUCAUUUAUUCAGUAUGAAAUCUUUAUACUAUAUGUUCCACGUGUUAAGAAUAAAUGUACAUUAAAUCUUGGUAAGAUGUUUGUAAGGGUUUUUUUUAUUGGCAGUUCAGUGCUGCCAGGUGAUGCCCAAGGCCUGCCCUGCUCAGGACUCUGACUUUGCUUUCCCUGCUGGAAUUUUUCCUUGGGAGCUGCCCAGGCUCGGGAUUUGCAGCGUGAGGUGAAGCUGUGGCUGCCAGGGAGGGAAGGGCCUUGCUGGGAAGGGAGGCAGUUCCCUCCCAGCUCUGUAAAACGGAAAAUUUUCAUUCCCCUCGCAUUUUUAACAUUUUCUUGGGAGCAUGGCGUGGACUCUUGACUUCCCCCGAGGCCGGGGCUUUCCAGCAGACAGAGCUCGCAGCCCCUUCAGCUGCAUGUUUUCAGGGCAUUUCAUUUAGCCCCAGGCUCUUUCCUCAGUGGAUACUGCAAGUAGGGUAGCUGGAACUGCUCCGAGCUCAUUAAAGCAGCUUUUUUUUAAAAGGCAAACGUCAUUUUUGUUCAAAAAUUCCCCUUGUUUUAUCUUCCCAGCCCUCUCCUCGGGAGCUCUCAGUUCCCAGAGCCUUCAUUCCUCAAACUUCAGAUUCCUGGGAGUGAUUGUGCUGAAAUCAAAGAGUCUUUUUCCUGAAAAGUCUUGUCUGUCAGCAGGAAUGGUGGGAGCUCUUCCUGGCAGGAGAGUCCUUCAAAUGGAUUGCUCAAAAGGCAGGAAUGGUGCUGGGCUUCCUUGGCUUUAGAAAACGCUGGGAAGCGAAUGUGAGACCAGGAUUCUGCUGGACUGCCACACUGUCAGAGAAAACCCAACUUCCCUGACGAUUCAGUUCUGUGUGCCAGGAGUUGUUUCACCUGAUGGAAUGGAUGUGGAAGUUGUGCUGCUUUUCCUGAACAGAAAGAAGCUAUCAAUGAACUGGAAGCAGGUAACGUCAGCAGCUUUUCCUGUGUGAGUUUAGUCUGGAGUCAGUUUGGGAGGGAGAGGACAGGCAGGAGUGCUCCUGAAAACCCAUUUUACCAGAAUUACCCACCCAGUUGAUCUGAGGGGAUGUGUGCACAGACACAGCCCCUGUGCACUUCUAGAACAGUGGAAAUCAAGAGAUGACAAAUGAGUAGAAUGAGAACAGUGUUCCCAGUUUGGCCACACCUGACCUCCGACCUUGGCGGCUGGAGCUCAAAUCCUUGAUGCUUUGGGCCUGCUUUGUACCCAGAUCCUUCCAUUCCAGGAAUUCCUUGAGACACCUUUUGGACCCCAGUCACUCUGCUGUUCCCGUUCUUUGCCAGCAAAGCGAACGCGAGUUCUUCCGAGCCUGGUGCCCGAUGAGAAGCGCUCGGGGAGUGUCCGUAAGGGCUCAGCAGCCACGAUGGUUUCUCCUCCAUCCCAGGGUGGAUCUGAGCAAACCCCGACGUUUCCAUCAGGGAUCCGGCCUGCGGUGAACUCAAGUUUUCUCCUGUGCUGGCAGAAAUGGGGAAGGGUCGGUUUAACACACUCCUCUAGGAAUGGAGAGAUUCGGUGCAAAGCACGAAGGAUUUGCCUUCCAGCAGGCCUGGGCGUGGGGCUGGGGACAGCGGGGCCUGGUUCCUCCCCACAGCGCCGCAGG